UCCCCAUCUUGAUUUCGCGCCAUCUAUGUUCAAACAUUCCACGUCGUUGCUGGCGCUGGCGAGCUUUGCCUUACAACAUGAGUAAAAACAAGUAUUCAGUGCUGCUUCCGACUUAUAACGAGAGGGAUAAUCUUCCUUUAAUAGUGUGGUUGCUGGUGAAGUAUUUUGAAGAGAGUGGACACCAGUUUGAGAUAAUAGUGAUAGAUGAUGGCAGCCCAGAUGGUACCCUGGAAGUGGCAAAACAGCUAGAGAAAAUCUAUGGCAAAGAAAAGAUAGUUCUGCGCCCUCGUGCUAAGAAGCUUGGACUGGGCACAGCGUACAUACAUGGUAUAAAGCAUGCAACUGGGAACUUUGUCUUUAUAAUGGAUGCUGACCUUUCACACCACCCAAAAUUUAUUCCUGAGUUUAUAAAAAAGCAGCAAGAAGGGAACUACGACGUGGUGUCAGGAACAAGGUACAGGGGCAAUGGAGGGGUGUAUGGUUGGGAUCUCAAGAGGAAAGUCAUCAGUCGUGGUGCAAAUCUCCUGACUCAGAUCUUACUACGCCCAGGUGCAUCUGAUCUCACAGGUAGCUUCAGGUUAUACAGGAAAGACGUGUUGGAGAAACUGGUUCAGUCGUGUGUGUCUAAGGGCUAUGUGUUCCAGAUGGAGAUGAUAGUGAGGGCCAGACAGUUGGGAUACACCAUAGGCGAGGUUCCCAUUUCAUUUGUGGACAGAGUGUAUGGCGAGUCGAAGCUUGGCGGCAGUGAGAUCAUAGGCUUUGCUAAAGGACUGCUCUAUUUGUUUGCCACAACAUGACCAGUACCGACAGGUCACGUGACCGGGGUCAUUUUGAAGGACAUUAGCCUGGACUUGAUGACCCAUUGGGAAGGGAAUGGGGAUAGGGUUACUGCUUGGUUACCGGUGUCACUGACUCGGGACGACGUCGUGGUCAGACGGUCGGAAGAAAAAUCUUUUUUUUUUUUUUUUUU